CUUUGUUUUUCCUUUCUAGUUUGUUCAUCGGCAAUGGCCUUUUCUGAGGACUUGGAAUCACCUCCACCAUCUCUGGUCUUUUCAGUGCGGAGGAGCCAACCCGAGCUGGUGGCGCCAGCUAAGCCUACUCCCCACGAAGUUAAGCUUCUAUCUGACAUAGAUUGUCAGGCGGGUCUACGCGCCCAAAUUCCAAUCAUACAGUUCUACCGCCAGGAGCCAUCGAUGGCGGGGAAGGACCCAGUUGAAGUCAUUCGACACGCUCUCGCACAAGCACUCGUCUUCUACUACCCACUCGCCGGUAGACUCAGGGAAGCUUCCGGCGGCAAACUCAUGGUGGAUUGUAACGAAGAUGGCGUCAUGUUCAUAGAAGCGGACGCAGAUGUCACACUCGACCAAUUUGGCGACGCUCUAAAACCCCCAUUCCCAUGCUUCCAAGAACUCCUCUACGAAGCUCCCGGCUCUGAAGGAGUUACGGACAGCCCCAUUUUACUCAUCCAGGUGACACGUCUGAAGUGCGGUGGUUUCAUCUUUGCACUGCGUUUUAACCACGCCAUGAUAGACGGAGUUGGCACAAUUUAUUUCAUGUAUGCGGUGGCAGAGAUAGCACGGGGAGAGCAAGAGCCUUCAAUUUUACCGGUGUGGCGCAGGGAGCUACUAAGUGCCAGGGAUCCCCCACGUGUCACGUGUAACCAUCGCGAGUACGAACAACUAACUGACACAAGCGGCGUCGUUCCACUCGAGUUCGAACAGCGCUCUUUCUUCUUCGGACCGAGCGAGAUAGCCGCCAUCCGAGGCCUGCUUCCCCACGAUGUGGACCAACACGCGACAACGUUCGAGGUGCUGACGUCAUACGUCUGGCGGUGCCGCACGAAAGCGCUGCAGAUAGAGGCUAAGGAGGACGUGCGAAUGAUGUGUAUUGCUGAUGCACGCGCCAAGUUCGAGCCUCCCUUCCCAGGGGGCUAUUAUGGGAACUGUUUUGCGUUCCCAGCGGCAAUAACGAGCGCAGGAGAGCUUUGCGAGAAGCCGCUUGAGUAUGCGUUGAAGUUAAUACAGGGAGCGAUUGAGGAGGUGAGUGGGGAGUAUAUGCAUUCUUUGGCGGAUUUUAUGGUGACUGAGGGACGACCAUUGUUUACAGUGGUUAGGUCGUGUCUUGUUUUGGAUACUACGUAUGCUGGGUUCAGAGGAUUGGAUUUUGGUUGGGGUAAGGCGUUGUAUGGAGGGAUGGUUAAAGCUGGUGCUGGGGCUUUUCCUGCUGUAAACUUUCACGUGCCGUCUCAAAAUGCCAAAGGAGAAGAAGGUAUAUUGGUUUUGGUUUGCUUGCCCACCCAAGUUAUGAAAGUUUUUGCCAAAGAGUUGGAUGAUAAUAUGCUCCUUCAGAACAACGUAUGAACCAAGAGAGUUUUUACACAGUUAUCCAGUUAUAUCCUGCGUGCAUUUAUAAAUAAAGUAAUUAGGAGUAAUAGGUAGUUUGUAAAACGUCGUGUGUCUAUUUAAACGUUGGUGUUUUACCGCUGUACCAAAUAAAUUUGGGGAACUGGAAACAAGAUGAGUCGUUGUUAACUC